GUAGUAGGAGUUGCACUCGCAGUGUUGAAGAUAACAGCAAAGAUGAGCUCUUCUUCUUCUUCAGUGAUAUGUUCUUUUGUUAUUGUUUUAGCUUUAUUUUUCAAUUCAUUGUUGUUAUGUUAUGGUGGAAAGACUAGUAUCUACGUUAGGAAAGAGGAGAAAACUGUGGAUAUGCCCCUUCACAGUGACGUUUUUCAAGCUCCUCUUGGUUACAAUGCACCUCAACAGGUUCAUAUAACACAAGGCGACCAUGUGGGGAAAGCUGUGAUUGUUUCAUGGGUGACCCAAGAUGAACCCGGUUCAAAUACAGUGGUUUAUUGGAGUGAAGGUAGCAAAGAGAAGAUGAAGGCAGUGGGGAAAAUUAGUACUUAUAAGUACUAUAAUUAUACCUCUGGUUUCAUUCAUCACUGUACUGUCAAGAACUUGGAGUACAACACCAAGUAUUACUAUGUGGUUGGUGAGGGUACUUCAAUGAGAAAAUUCUGGUUUACAACACCUCCUGAAGUUGGACCUGAUGUUCCUUACACAUUUGGUCUCAUUGGGGAUCUCGGGCAGACUUUUGAUUCGAAUGUAACACUCACUCAUUACGAAAAGAACCCAAAGAAUGGUCAGACCAUGUUGUUUGUUGGGGAUCUUUCGUAUGCUGAUAACCAUCCAAAUCAUGAUAAUGUUAGGUGGGAUACGUGGGGAAGGUUUGUUGAGAGAAGUGCUGCUUACCAACCAUGGAUAUGGACUGCUGGAAAUCACGAAAUCGACUUCGCACCUGAAAUCGGUGAAACAAAGCCGUUUAAGCCUUACACUCAUCGAUAUCAUGUUCCUUACCGAGCAUCACAAAGUACUGCUCCCUUUUGGUACUCAAUCAAGAGAGCUUCAGCAUACAUCAUAGUGUUGUCUUCAUAUUCGGCAUAUGGUAAAUACACUCCUCAGAACCAAUGGAUCGAACAAGAGCUACCGAAAGUUAACCGAACUGAAACACCCUGGUUAAUUGUUCUAAUGCAUUCCCCAUGGUAUCAUAGCUAUAACUACCAUUAUAUGGAAGCUGAAACCAUGAGAGUAAUGUAUGAGCCAUUAUUAGUUCAGUACAAAGUCGAUGUUGUAUUUUCCGGUCAUGUCCACGCCUAUGAACGAUCGGAGCGUAUAUCGAACAUCGCAUACGAUCUCGUAAACGGUAAAUGCAGUCCUGUGAAGGAUCUAUCUGCUCCUAUUUACAUAACUAUCGGCGAUGGAGGAAACAUUGAAGGCAUAGCAAACAACAUGACCGUCCCUCAGCCGGAGUAUUCAGCUUAUCGAGAAGCUAGUUUCGGUCAUGCCAUUUUCGAUAUAAAGAACCGGACUCAUGCUUAUUAUAGUUGGCACCGCAACCAUGACGGGUACGCCGUUCAAGGCGAUUCGACGUGGGUUUUCAACCGAUUCUGGCAUCCAGUUGACGAGUCUCAAUGAGAACAACAUGUAGUUCCCCUUUUGAACUCUUUAUUUUUAGAUUAAAAAAUGCAAAAAAUAUAAAUCAAUAAAAAUUUCCAUUUUUUUUCCUUA